CUUCAUCCAUUGACACUGGAAACAAGAUGUACACUUUGUUUUAUCGACACUUGAAGAACAUUGAGGAAAAUGAGGGUGGCCUUGAUAAGUUUUCAAAAAGUUACAAAACUUUUGGAGUCAACCUGUUUGUGGAUGGUGGAAUAUAUUGUAAAGAAUGGGCACCAGGGGCAGAAGCAGUGUUUCUCACCGGUGACUUUAAUGGUUGGAAUCCAUUUUCACAUCCAUACCAAAAAAUGGAUUAUGGCAAAUGGGAGCUGUUCUUACCACCUGGACCAGAUGGAUUCCCACCUGUGCCCCACGGAUCAAAAUUGAAGGUAUUUUAUUUUUAAAAUAAGCUUUGCAAG